AUCAUUAAGUAAAUGUUAUUCAACGCUAACACUUCAAUACCAUUUUCUACCAUAUCAUAAUCUUGCACCUCGUCCAUCCUCAGCCUCUCAAACCAGGCUAACUUUACCUAUUUAUACCGCAAUAAUUUACUUAUAUUCACAAAGCAAACAAUAAUCACAAGAGUGAGAUAAGAAAAGAACGAAAUCGCACAAGCCGCUUUUUUCAUUGUUUUUUCUCAAAAACAAAAAAGAUAUCAUGGAUCGAUCUGAUUCUCACCAACCUUUUGACGUUACCACCAUCGCCAGCACCUAUGUCCCCGAGAGCGCCACUGCUCCGAAUGCACUAACUGUUAAUGAAUCAAACCGUGUUGAGACACAAGUUGCGCCAGUGGUUCAGCCAGAAGUUGAGCCCGUGGUUCAGCCACAGGGUGAGCCAGAUGCUGCUUCUGAGGCAGCUCUUGUUCCGGCGCAGCCUUCCUCAAACCGCCGUCCUUACACCGACGUAGGCUCAGAUCUAAAGUCUUUUUUCUUUCAACUCAAUUAUGAUAGGUCUUUUUGUAAUAAUUUACUAACAUUUUCUCUUUAUCCAGAUGAUUUACGACGCGGUUGUGGCGUUGAACGAACCUGAGGGUUCCAGCAAGUGGGCAAUCUCCAGGUACGUCCAGAUGUUGAACCCUAAUUGUCCUGAUGGUCAUGAGGCUUUGAUGACUCACCAUCUCGAGGUCAUGAAGAAAAGUGGCAUUCUCACUAUGGUUAAGAAAUCAUACAAGCUUGCUGUCUCUUCUCCUCCGGGGAACGUGGCGGCUGCGGGUCAUGUGGCUUCCGGAUCGGAGAUUCCUCCGACUUACACCGGUCCGCUUGAUAUGGUGGUGGCUUCCGGAUCUGAGAUCCCUCCGACCAACACCGGUUCGCAUGAUAUGCUGGCUGUCACUGCUUCUGGCUCGGCUUCUCAGCCUCUGAAGCGAGGUCGUGGACGUCCACCAAAGCCUAAGACCGAAGCUCCACAACAGCAACAACCCAUUGAUGCUCAACCAAUCUCACAAGCGCUGCAACCAUCCAUCAAUGUUGAACCCAGCGCUGUCCAGCCAAGCGGGGAGGAGCAACCCGAGUUGCCUGUGACCAAUCCUUCCCCGGUGGUCACGGAGCCGGCAAAGAGAGGCCCUGGUCGUCCAAGGAAAGACGGAUCUGGUCCGAGCGUUCCAGCUUCGAAUCUGGCUGUAACGAUGAAACGAAGGGGCUGGCCAAUGAGUUGUAGAGCUUCAGGGAGAGAGAGGAAGCCCAUAUCUGUCCCGGCUCCUGACUCUAUGCUUCCUGUCGCCGCUAACGAUGCCGGACGUCCUGAAAGGCUAAUGAGAGGUGGAUCUGGCGGAGUCGCCACCCUUGCUCCAGCUGGUGAAGAAGCUAUGGCGGUUGCGGCCGUGAUGAAGCGUGGACCAGGACGUCCACCUAAGCGUGGACGAGGACGUACCGCAGGUAGACCCAUACAGGACAUACCAAGGCCAGUCACGAGGGCUACUGGGACUAUCCAAGAGGCCGGCCAUGGAGUACUCAAGAGAAAGCUUGACCUUGCUAGAGAGAAAGUAAAAGAGAUCUUGAAUGUGUUGGACGCUGGUAUUGCUGGGGACAAUCUGGCUGUGGCGCAAGCUGCACAAGAGCUGGAAGGACUGAUACAGAUGAUGACUGUGGAGCCACAUGCCAUGGAAGAAGUGCAGCCGGAGGAGACAGCACCACAGAUAGAAACUGAAACACAAGAAAUGGAACUUGGACAAGGAAGCGAAGGAGGAGGAGAACAAGCACAGAUCCAGACCCUGAUCCUGACCCAGCCGCAGCCUCAGACCCUGACCCAGCCGCAGCCCCAGACUUCGCCCCAGCUUCAUCCCGAGACCCUGCCGCUGCCGCUGCCUCAGACCCUGACCUUGAUCCAGCCCCAACCCCAAACCAUGUCCGAUCCUCAGCCCCAGACCAUGCCUCUGCCUCAAACCCUGACCUUGACCGAGCCUGAACCCCAGAUCCUUCGUGAACUUGAGCCUCAGACUGUGCCUGAGCUUGAGCCUCUGCCAGAGCUUGAGCCUCUGCUUGAGCUUGAACCUCUGCGUGACCUUGAGCCUCUGCCCUUGACCCAGUCCCAACCGCAGAUCCUGCCCCAGAUUCAGCCCAAUACAGAAGCUGAGGCAAUGGAUGAAGAUAUGUUCUGAUUUCUGAAGUAACGGUCCAACAAAACAGCCUAGACAUAGCCUUGGUGUUUGUGGUUAUGGUGUUCUUCUAAUAUUUGGGUGUUGGAUCGUCUCCGAAUAAAGCCUGUAAGGCAUUUUUAUUUUUAAUAGUUUGCUAGAGAAGAGACAAAACCUUUUGAUGCUCUGGUCAGUUUGUUUCUGUCUAUGGAUAUUUCCAGUGUUGGAUGUUUUCUCUUUUUAUCAACCUAAGUUUUUUCUUCUC